ACUGCCCCUUCUUUGCCUCUUCCUCCCACCACCAGGCUACACAGCCCCCUACCUGACAGUGUUCAGCGAGAAUGCCAUCGAUGUGUUUGAUGUUCGGAGAGCAGAGUGGGUCCAGUCUGUGCCUCUCAAGAAGGUCCGUCCCUUGAACCCCGAGGGCUCCCUGUGCCUCUUUGGCUCUGAGAAAGUCCGACUGACCUACCUCAGGAACCGGCUGGCGGAGAAGGACGAGUUCGAUAUCCCCGACCUGACGGACAACAGCCGCCGCCAGCUGUUCCGGACCAAGAGCAAACGGCGCUUUUCCUUCCGCGUCUCCGAGGAGCAGCGCCUCCAGCAGCGCAGGGAGAUGCUGAAGGACCCCUUCGUACGCUCAAAGUUCAUCUCGUCACCAACAAACUUCAGCCACCUGGCCCACAUGGGUCCUGGGGACGGGAGGCCGGAGGUGCCCGCGGCUCCUGAGGAGAAGGGCCGAGGAAGAGGCAGGAAUCACGGCCCCACAAGGCCCCACAGCUUCUCGGAAGCCCUUCGACGCCCAGCCUCCAUGGGCAGUGAGGUCCUCGCGGCGGAGUCAGAGGCCGUGAGGAGGAAGCCCAGGACGUCCCUCUCCAGUGAGUCGGUGUCCUGCAGCCAAGGCCCCCUGAGUCCAGCGGCCUCUCUGAGCCAGGUGAGGAGCUGGGAGGGCCUCGGCUCCGGGUCCGGGUGGGACCCUAGAAAGCUCUGUCUGCUCCCCUCUGCCUCCUCCCUCCCUCUCCCACCGAAGCAGAGGAUUCCCUGGGAAAACCAUUUCUCCCUAAUAAAUAACCCCAUCGAUGUUCGCCACAUUUGGAAAUGUUAGCUGUCCGGGCCUUGGGCUGGAAAGUUUCCCAGCUGCGAAGGAUUCUCGGAUGCCGAGUGUCAGGCCUCGGAGAAGGGCCCGCAGAGUCCAGAAUAUCAGCUCCCAGAGGAUCCAGGAAAGAGCGGAGCUGAGAGAGACCUUAGAACAUGGACUAUUUGAUCUAAGAGGGACCUUGGAACAUGGAAGAGUAAAACUGGAAGGGAACCAGUUGAACCUCCUUACUUUUAAGGGGAGAAACUGAGGCUGAGAGGAGAUGGCUUACUCAAGGUCAUACAGCCAGG